CUCCUAUAGUCUCUACUUAGAAUUUACCUAAAAGCCGCACCCAAGCCCCUUUAGUAGUUAAAGUAAAGGAACCUUUUAUCUCCUUUGGAAUUCCGAGAGUUACACCUCAUGGCUGCAUACUGGUCGAGACAAUCGCCUUCAUGGAAUCUCCAGACCUGUGCUGGCACAGCUCCGAACGCCACUACAUACUCUCAAAUUCGACCUUCACCAAGAGAGAACUGCGAGAAGAAGAACUUCCUCGGUCCCUAUAUACGGGAGAACCUGUUUGGCCUCGCCAUUCUCAAGAGCGAUUGCAAAAUAAAGCAGCUACGCUUCAAUCUAUUGCCGCGAACACAAAGAUUCCAGUACCACAGUUUGAAAACAUCUACAUGAAAGACGGAUUACUCCAUCUUCAGACAAAGCGUUCGGACGGUGUUCAACUCAGUACGAUCGAUCCCUCUCAGAAGGCCGACGCUGUAGCAAAAGUAGAGGAGACUAUGAAUUAAAGUAUAUUGCCUCAACUCAACAAUUUCCGGCGAGACUUCAUGGGAAGUGUGGAUCCAUCACUUCCCGUUUUCCCACCGAGUCGGAUUAUGUAUCAGGAAAAAAGAUCUAAGUGGCCUCGGAAGCGUUCAGAUGCCCCAGAGUAUGCAUUAUGUCACAUCGACCUUGGCCAGCACGGUAUUAUGGUACACCCGGAGACCUAUGAAAUUGUAGCUAUCAUAGACUAGGAGUUCUGUGGGUAUUGGCCGGCGAAAUUUGAGCUUCUUCUUUGGAAAUAUUCACGGACCGAGAACCAGAAGAUGUACCAGAAAUACGCUUCACAGAUAGACCUCAUUCUUUAAACUGGGAGAAAGUUUCCUACUGGGCUAUUGACAUUGUGAUCCACUCAUUUAGCAGCGCAUUGGCGAACUUCUUAUUUCCAACCUUAUCUUCUUACGAAGUGAAGGCCCAUUCAAAAUAGUUCAAUUUAAUGCAAAUAUAGUAGCCCA